AUGUCAUUCCAAUGCACAGAAAUCAGCCCAAGCUGCCCAAUCGAAGCAACCGUCUACGGCUACUAUCCCAACCUCGGCGCCAACUCCUUCUUCGCCGUCUACUUCGGCGUGGCAGGAUUAUCCCAGAGCAUCUUGGGCAUCUACUUCCGAACAUGGACAUUUCUCACUGCACUGGGGAUAGGAACAUUCAUGGAAAUGACCGGAUACAUAGGCCGAAUACUGAUGCACGCCAACCCUUGGUCGACAGCAGCGUUCCGACUCCAGAUCUUCUGCCUGAUCUUAGCACCGACGUUCAUCGCCGCCGGCAUCUAUCUAACACUCAAACACAUCAUCAUCCACGUGGGGCCGCAGUACUCGCGGCUCAACCCCCGACUCUUCACGUGGACUUUCAUCGGCUGCGACGCCGGCUCGAUUGUGUUGCAGGCUGUGGGUGGUGGCGUGGUGAAUUCGGCUGGGAGCGAUGUGGCGCGGAUGGAUGCCGGAAACGAUAUCAUCAUCGCGGGUAUUUCGUUUCAGGUGGCCACGAUGGCCAUAUGUGGAAUCUUAGCUGUGGAUUUCAUCGUGGCAGCAUGGAAGAGUGAGCCGAGUCGAGAGAAGAAUCAUAAUAUCGAGUCCUUUAUGAGCGUGAACAAAUACUCCCGGGCCAUGUGGUGGAUCUUCGGGGCCGAGAUACUGGCCUAUACUACCGUCUUGAUUCGAUGCAUAUACCGGUAG